AUGCCAUUGCCUGAAGCACCUACACUAGAAUUCCUGGAGGCUACAGAAACCACUAUUCAAUUGGAGUUCAAGCCGAAUGUAUCAGUUUCAUCAUAUGAACUACAAUGGAAGCCCAUCGAAGCAAACUGGGACAGUGCCGCCUCUGCGGCCGUACAGUCGAGUGGGACAAUCAAGACCUGCAAAACUGAAGCCUUUGAUCUAGAGCCUGGAACAACAUAUUGUGUGCGGUUGGUGUGUGAACAGGAUGGGGAGAAGGGAAAACCUUCAAAGGAGUUGAUCCUUGAUACCGAACAAGUGGGCUGUGCUCCAAAGAAUGAGGGUGGGUGUGGGUGUAUAAUUCAAUGA